CAUCAUCCUAGGUCAUAUGAUCACAAAUAUUUUUCUCGUACUGUUCACCUGUACGGAAAGGUAAAGUGUUUCACGGUCUCUGUUCCGAAGUCGUUCGAGUUUUCGAGAGCUUGCUGCCUGUCCGUCUUUCCACCCAGCAAACAUGACCGACGUUCAGGAUAUUAUGUCGUCACUUCCGGACGAUAAAAUCGAUAUGAUUGCUGCGACGAGCGUCUUGCAGCAGCAGGCCGGAGACAUCCGCCAGAACAAGCCGAACUGGUACUCCUACAUGCAGUCGCAGAUGAUUUCGCAGGAAGAUUAUGCCUGCGUCAGCUCGCUGGACAAGGAUAAGAAGGCUCAGGCCCAGUACCUGCAAGAAAAUGCCGGUCAGUGCGCUAAAACUCUGCUCAACAUGUUGGCCCACGUCUCGAAGGAUCAAACGAUCCAGUACAUUCUGGUGCUGAUCGAUGAUCUGCUGCAGGAGGAUCGGGCCCGGGUACAGAUUUUCCACGACUAUGCCAACAAGAAGAAGGAAAGCGUUUGGGCACCGUUCCUGAAUCUGCUCAACCGUCAGGAUGGGUUCAUCGUGAACAUGGCGUCGCGCGUCGUAGGCAAGCUUGCUUGUUGGGGACAGGAGCAGAUGCCCAAGUCCGAUCUGCACUUCUAUCUGCAAUGGCUAAAGGAUCAGCUGACCGUUGCUGCUCAAAAACUGUUGCAUGAAAUGGAGGAGGCGGAAAAGAAGCGACUGGCGGAAGCGGCCGCUUCGCACCAUGGCCACCAUGGGCAUCACGGGGAAGCGCAUCACCCGAAUAGCCACCAUCAUCAGAUCGCAGAGCGGUACCGCGAAAUAUCGAGUGCGAUCGACGAUCCUCAGCGUGGUGGUUCCUCGAAGGAAGAUCUGCACGUGACGCUAACGAACAACGAAUACAUCCAAUCGGUGGCACGCUGUCUGCAAAUGAUGCUGCGCGUCGAUGAAUAUCGGUUUGCUUUCGUCACCGUCGAUGGAAUCAGCACGCUCAUCAGCAUCCUGUCGUCCCGGGUGAACUUCCAGGUUCAAUAUCAACUGGUGUUCUGUCUGUGGGUGCUAACGUUCAAUCCACUGCUGGCGGAAAAGAUGAACAAGUUUAACGUUAUCCCGAUUUUGGCCGACAUUUUGAGCGAUUGUGCGAAGGAGAAGGUAACGCGCAUCAUACUGGCCGUGUUCCGUAAUCUGAUCGAGAAGCCGGAAGACUCGCAGGUAGCGAAGGAACACUGCAUUGCGAUGGUGCAAUGUAAGGUGAUGAAGCAGCUUACCAUUUUGGAGCAGCGCCGGUUUGAUGAUGAGGAUAUUACCGGCGAUGUUGAGUUUUUGACGGAAAAGCUUCAAAAUUCGGUACAAGAUUUGAGUUCGUUCGAUGAGUACGCUACCGAGGUAAAGAGCGCCCGGUUGGAAUGGUCCCCGGUGCACAAGUCGGCCAAGUUUUGGCGUGAAAAUGCUCAGCGUUUGAACGAGAAGCAGUACGAGCUGUUGCGCAUUCUGGUACAUCUGCUGGAAACGUCGAAGGAUCCGUUGGUGUUGUCGGUCGCUAGCUACGACAUUGGGGAGUACGUGCGUCACUAUCCGAGAGGCAAACACGUUAUUGAGCAGCUGGGAGGCAAGCAGCUGGUCAUGCAAUUGCUCGCCCACGAAGACCCGAACGUACGUUACGAAGCUUUGCUGGCUGUCCAGAAGCUGAUGGUGCACAACUGGGAGUACCUUGGCAAGCAGCUCGAGAAGGAAAAUGAAAAGGCACCGCAGGGCAGUGCACCGAUCAGUGGCAAAGCUUAAAAGCCGGUCGUUUAAAGCAACCUAAUCGAACACGCCUCGU